CGGCUCUCCCGGGACCACGGGGCGGGGCCGCCGCCGCCAUCGCCGCCGCUAUCGCCGCCAUGCAGAGAGAGGAGAAGCAGCUGGAGCUGACCCUGGAGGCACUCAUCAGUCAGGUGGCCGACCUGAAGAACUCCUUGGUCAGUUUUAUCUACAAGCUGGAGAACGAGUAUGAUCGACUCACAUGGCCUUCAGUUCUGGACAGCUUUGCAUUGCUCUCAGGACAGCUGAACACCUUGAAUAAAGUGCUAAAGCACGAGAAGACGCCGCUGCUGCGGAACCAGGUGAUCAUCCCGCUAGUGCUGUCUCCAGACCGCGAUGAGGAGAUCAUGAGGCAGACAGAGGGGCGUGUGCCGGUGUUCAGCCAUGAAGUGGUGCCCGACCACCUUCGAACUAAGCCCGACCCUGAGGUGGAGGAGCAGGAGAAGCAGCUGAUCACAGAUGCAGCUCGAAUCAGCCCUGAUGCAGCACAGAAACAGAUCCAAAGUCUGAACAAAAUGUGCUCAAAUUUGCUGGAGAAAAUCAAUAAGGAGGAGCGUGAAUCUGAAAGUGGAGGUUUACGACAGAACAAGCAGACCUUCAACCCUGCAGAUACCAAUGCCCUGGUAGCAGCUGUGGCCUUUGGGAAAGGGCUGUCAAACCGGAGACCCCCAGGCUCUGGGGCAUCUGUCCAGUCAGGCCAGCCAGGAGCUGGUGCCAUCAUUGCAGGUGCUUCAGGCAUGCAGCAGGUCCCAAUGACAGGUGCACCAGCUCAGCAGCAGCCAAUGCUGGCAGGAGUGCAGAUGGCACCAGCAGGGCAGCCAGGAAAAAUGCCGAGUGGCAUAAAAACAAAUAUAAAAUCUGCCUCAAUGCAUCCGUAUCAGAGAUGAGCUGAGAUGAACCAGACCCAGGGAACAGACACAUUUGUUACUGCUGCAGGCACCCCACCUGGAUUCCUUCUAGGACUUCCCAGUCCCUUCACAUAUCCACACACCAUAUUUGGGAAGACAGGGUUUAUAAGGCCCUUCCCUGGAUUUUAUUUAGUGCUGGGUGGCUUGUGUGGAGCUGCUGCUGGCCGUGUCUCCUGGACACAAGUACUUCUCUGUUCAGCCAGAGCAGAGGACUUUGCUUCUGGUAUGGAUGCCAUCUUCUCCAGGUCUGUUCUGGAGGAUCACUACCCUUUCCUGACAGAGACCCUGAAGAGCUGCACAGAGCUCAUUGUUUCUGCUUGUUCACUUGGUAUGUGCUUUCUUUACUUGGUCUUGUUUAAUAAAGACCUUGUUAUACUCACUGUGA